UGCAUUUAGUACUUGUAUUAAAAUGUUAGUGAUUUAUCGAAAACACAGUAGAAUACGGGAAAUAAGAAAUUAUCUCAAUACUAAACAAUAUGAAUAUCGAGAUUCAAUUGAGUUCUCCAUUCAGAGUAAAUUCGACAAAAUUGGAAGAUUUGGAACAAUUUUCUAUGCAAGUGCUACACUAUUGACAACAACAACAAAAGCAUUGACACCAAUAGUAUUGGGAUUGAGAACAUCCACAUUUUUCAAUCCGUGGGUCCCAUAUAAAUUUGAGAAUAGAAUUUUAUUUUGGCUAACAUUUUUCUAUCAAAGUUUAGGAGGAAUUAUAGGUGGUCAAGCCGGUGUCGCUGGUGACACAUUUAUUAUGACAAUGAUGUUACAAAUAUGUGCACAAGUGGAAAUUUUAAUACACAGAAUGCAAAUAUUCCCUGAAAUGUGUAAAAAAAAAUUUCCCAAUAAUCCAAAAAUGGAACAAAUUAUACUCAAUGAAUGGAUUCAGCAUCAUAAUUCUCUAUAUCGAUUAAAGGAUGAAUUAAAUGAAGUUUAUAAUUACAUAUUUUUCAUUCAAUUCAUAUUGACAACAUUAUCUGUUUGUAUGCUUACAAUUCAAUUGACAACAAUAAAUGUUUUAUCAACAAAAUUUUUAUCAACAAUAAUGAUUUUAUUUUGUGUUAUAAUGCAAAUUUGUAUAUUAUGCUGGAGUGGUGAUUUGGUAAUCGAAAAGAGCAAAUCAAUUGGUUCGGCAAUUUUUAUUACUGACUGGCUUUCUCUAACAAAAAGGACAAAAUCAAGUCUUAUUCAUAUAAUGCAACGAUCUAAUAUUCCAAUUAGAUUUACUGCUGGAUCAUUAGUUCCUAUAUCGAUAGAUACUUUUGGUUCUAGCAAAGAAAUUGGAUAUGCAGUGUUUAGCACCGAUUGGACAUUAUUGUCGAGUAAAUCAAGAAAAAGUCUCGUUUAUAUUAUAAAACGUUCCAAUAUACCAAUUAAAUUUACUGCUGGACCAAUUGUUCCACUAUCAAUAGAUACUUUUACUUCUGUUUGUAUAAUUUUCUUUUUGCAUGAAAAUAAAGAUUUCGAAAACAUUUUCCAAUAUAAAAUGUAUAGAGCAGAAAUUUCUUUAGCUCUUUUCAAAAUUGCAGGAAUAUGGCCACCGAUAUCGUCAAAAGGAAUUUUUACACUAUACAAUGUAUUUAAUAUUUUUGUACUUUCUCUAACGACACUAUUUACAAUAUCAAAUUUCCUUUACAUAUUUAUGGAAAAUACAGACAUGGAGGAAUUUAAUGAUAAUUUAUUUUACAUUCUUGCAUUAUUUUCCGGUUGUUUAAAAAUGAUUGUUGUUUUCACAAAUCGUGGGGAAAUUAUCGAAAUAACGGAUAUUCUACUUAAUAAACAAUUUGCACCUCGUGAUAAUGAUGAAAUUUGCAUUCAAAAUGAAUUUGAUACAAUUGGAAGAACUGGAACAAUUAUUUUUACUGGUUUUGUGAUAUUGACAUUAAUAGCAAAAACAACAAUACCAUUAUUAAGAGGAGAUUUAACAUCACUUCCCUAUAAUGGAUGGAUUCCGUAUACACUUGAAAAUAGAAUAAUAUUUUGGUUGACAUUUUUAUUUCAAAGUUUAGGUGCAAUAAUUGUUACUAAUGUAAUAGCAGCAAGUGAUUCAUUUAUAAUAACAAUGCUUCUUCAAUUAUGUGCUCAAAUUGAAAUACUGAUACAUCGAAUGAAAAUAUUUCCAAUUUUAUAUAAAACUGAAUUUUUGAAUUAUUCCAAAAAAGAAGAAACUAUUCUUGUUGAUUGGAUACAGCAUCACAAUUCUAUUUAUCAUUUUCGAAAUAAAUUAAAUGAUCUUUUUGAAUUGAUAUUUCUUUGUCAAUUAAUUGUAACAACAUUGGAGGUUUGUUCGGGUACUUAUUUAUUGGCAACAUUUAGUGUAACAACGGUAAAAUUUUGGUCAAUGAUUCUAUCAUUAACAAGUAUUAUGGCUGAAAUGUAUGUAUUUUGUUGGCAUGGCAAUUUAGUAAUGGAAAAGAGCAAAGAAAUUGGAUAUGCAGUCUUUAGCACUGAUUGGACAUUAUUGUCGAGUAAAUCAAGAAAAAGUCUCAUUUAUAUUAUAAAACGUUCGAAUAUACCAAUUCAAUUUAAUGCUGGACCAAUUGUUUCACUAUCAAUAGAUACUUUUACUUCUAUUCUCCGAUUGGCUUACUCGAUUUAUAAUUGUUUAAUGAGACAAAAGGAAAUAGAAUUAUAAAAUAAAAAUUUUAAUUACGACAAAAGUUGAUUACGAAAUGUGUUUUAAAAUUAAUUUUUGUUGUGGAUAUAAAAAUUGUUUUUAAUGACAAUAAAUAAUUGUCAUCAUAGUUUUUUGAAAGAUGAUAUAUUAUUGAUAAA